AUGCACAGACCUCCUGGCCCGCAGCGAGUCAUUAUUCACUUUGACUACGACUGUUUCUACGCCUCAGUCGUCGAAAAUGAGAAUCCCGCGCUCAAAUCAGUGCCUCUGGCCAUCCAACAAAAGCAGAUCGUGGUGACCUGUAACUAUGAGGCUCGCCGGAGAGGCCUACGAAAACUCCAGCUUAUCACCGAAGCCAGAAAGGUGUGUCCCGAGGCGGUGAUUGUCCUAGGUGAGGACUUGACUCGGUUUCGUGAUGCAUCCAAGGAUCUGUACCAUUUCCUCCAGCAGUCCAUCUGGAGCGGGAGGGCAGAGCGACUUGGGUUUGAUGAAGUCUGGCUCGAUUGCACGGACAUGAUCGACUACAACAUGGAUUUGCUCAAUCAUAAUGAUCUUUCUCAUUCCUUCUUCUGCAUGAACCGAGACGACCCUACUGUUGGCUUCGUAUAUGACGCUUCCAGCGUCUAUGGUCCUACUUAUCCGUCGAGUCCGUCUCCAUCUGCCCAGCUCUCAUCCGAGGAUGAACAGCUACGACUGCGCCUUGUGCUUGGGAGUCAUCUGGCAAGGCAUCUUCGACACGAGUUGGAGUCUCAGAAAGGAUAUACAUCCACGGUGGGAAUCGCGAUGAACAAGCUAUUGGCCAAGUUGGCUGGGAAUGUCAAUAAACCCAAAAAUCAAACAACAAUUUUGCCACCUUGUGAGCCAAGUGGCAGCGCUGAAAGCAAUGUUACCCGGUUCCUUGAUGACCAUGACAUAGGAAAGAUCCCCGGCAUCGGAUCCAAGCUGGCCCAGAAGAUCCGCGCCCAUGUACUUGGUCGAGAUGCGGCUUUUUCUGAAGGUCUAGUGUACGGUGGCACCAAAGAGUCAGUGACUGUUCACGACGUUCGCUCCUUUCCUGGUAUGAGCCCCAAGCUGCUCGAUGAUAUCUUGGCUGGUCCAGGCUCGUUUAAAGGCAUUGGUGGAAGGAUGUGGGAUCUGAUUCAUGGUGCUGAUCACUCAGAGGUGGCGAAGGUGAAGCGCAUCCCCUCGCAGAUAAGCCAGGAGGAUUCGUACUUGAAGUACCUACACACUUUCGAAGAAGUCCGGAAGCAGCUCCACAUCUUGAGUGAAAGACUGAUUCGACGCAUGCGGAUGGAUUUAUUAGAGGACGACGACGACGACGAUGACGGAAGAGGUGAAAGUGAAAAUAUGCGGCGUCGCUGGAUGGCACAUCCGCGAACUCUGCGACUCUCUACAAGACCUCGUCCACUCCCGGGCCCGGAUGGAGUACGAGCAAGGAUAUUACAGCGCACUUCUCGAUCAGGACCUAUGCCGAACUUCGUCUUCAGCCUGAGUGAGACGUCCUUUACCCUGGCCGACCGUCUGGUCGAGGAAGCACUAGUUCCUAUGUUCCGAAAACUGCAUCAUGAACAGAGCAGCUGGAAUCUCAGCUUGAUCAAUGUUGCAGCUACGAACAUGGCAGAGACAGCAGCGGAAACAAAAGAGAGCCAAGGGCGAGAUAUUGGAAGAAUGUUUCGGCGACAGGACGAAGUGCUCAAGGACUUCCGAGUAACUAUCCACUCACAAGAAGCCGAUCACUUUGAAUCGGCCAUUCCGAAUUCUCCAGCUGCUCAGUCUCCCGCCGCAUCGAGGACAGAGACUGAUACUGACAUAUCGGUAGAGGAUGGCUGGAAUUCGGAAGAUGGCGAGAGCCAGCCAUUGGAACGGUGCGAGAUCUGUGAAAACACCAUUCCGGCAUUCGCAUUGGCAGCCCAUUGGAGGUAUCACGAAUUAAGCAAUUAG